CUAAGGCCUGGUUGGGCAGGAUAAGGUCCAUAGUGUGGUCGAGAAGCUUUUGGCUCAAGGGAGAUGAGGGUGAAGUGAAUGAAGAAGAAGACGAAGAGGAACAGAGUUCGACCAUCUCUAUGCCGUCUGCUAUCUCCUUAACGCCAGUACCGGCGUCGCCGGCGUUCAUUUCCCCAUCUCUCUCCUCCUCCAGUGGAACCAGCAACUUUCCUUUACUUCGUCGCUUCCUGCCUUGUAAAAUCUCCGAUCAAACUGUGACGGCAUGGACAUCGGCUCCUUCAGUCGAUAUGAAGGCCGUGAUUGGGGGAGAAAACUGCAUCUCACAUCACGAACACGUUAGGAAGGAGGGAACGAAAUGCAUUGUUGAGCCACUUAAAACAUCCUUUUUACAGAAAUUUCCUUUCAGUGCCCAAUCAGCUCCUUUUAAUUCCAAUCAAGUUUCACCUAGUGCUGUCCACCAUUGCUGCGGGCGGAGGAAGCUUUCUGUGAUGGAGGCAUACCAGCAGAUUCCAAUGGACACAGCCGGUGCUUACCGCCUCAUUGAUGAUGAGACUGGUGAGAGUUUGAUAGUUUGGGGUGGUGUUGAUGGAAACUUCCCUAUCCCUCCCAAAAAAGCCAUGUCCUCAAAACCAGAGCAUAACCCUAGAGAAGGAGGUCAGAAGAUUGUAUCUAGCUCUCUUGCAAGUUUCAGUAGAUUGAAGGUCCCCAAAAUAAGGUCAUUGAUAAAGAACUCCUUACAGGUUGGUGAUGACAGCAGUAUUAGCUCCAUUAAAGCUUUUGCUACGCAGUUGGAUGAAGCAAAAUCUGUGGAUUUAUGCAUGGACUCCGCUACUGAUAGAGAACCGGAGGGCUUUCCAUUACCAAAUGCGAGACAACGAAAUAAGAGCUCUAGGGACACCCUUACGAAGGAAUUAGGUCCUACAGAUGCACACGAGUUUUCUUUUGGGGUAAAUUCAUCUUUCAGAAAAUGGAAGGAUGCCGAUUCCACUGAAAGCAUCCGUCCAUCCAGGAAGAAAAUUCAUAAAAAGUUACCCGCUGAUAGUGGAUUCUUUAGUAGGAAGAGCUUCAGAGAUUUGGGUUGCUGUGAUUUUAUGAUUGAAACUCUCUGGAAACAGUCUAUCAUUCGCCCCUCAAAUAUUCAGGCCAUGGCUUACAGUCCUGUUUUAGAAGGUAAAAGUUGCAUCAUUGCUGACCAAAGUGGGUCUGGGAAAACAGUAGCAUACCUUGCUCCAGUGGUACAGCUCCUAAGAGAAGAAGAACUGGCAGGUUUAGGUAAAUCUUCAUCAAAGAAUCCUCGAGUUGUGAUAUUGGCACCAACAGCCGAAUUAGCUUCCCAGGUGCUUCAAAAUUGCCGUUCAAUGGCAAAAUCUGGCAUUCCAUUCAGAUCUGUGGUUGCAACCGGGGGUUUUCGACAAAAAACUCAGUUGGAAGCCCUAAAUCAAGAGCUGGAUGUCCUCAUAGCCACACCUGGCCGCUUUAUGUUUUUAUUGCAAGAAGGCCACGUUCUGUUAAACAACCUGAAAUGUGUUGUUCUAGAUGAAGUUGAUAUUCUGUUCGGCGACGAGGACUUCAAACCGGUGCUCCAAAGUUUCAUCAGAUCUGCACCAAUGACUGUGCAGUAUCUCUUUGUCACUGCAACUCUUCCUGUGGAUGUCUACAACAAAUUAAUCGAAAUAUUUCCAGACACUGAAGUAGUGAUGGGGCCUGGGAUGCAUCGCACCAGCUCUAGGCUAGAUGAGUUGUAUUUGAUUCAGGUUCUUCUGGACUGCAGUGGAAUAGAUGGAGAGGAAAAGAAUCCAGAAACAGCUUUCCAAAACAAGAAAACUGCUUUGCUGCAGCUUGUGCAAGAAUCUCCAGUUCCAAAAACUAUCAUAUUCUGCAACAAAAUUGAGACAUGCAGGAAGGUUGAGAAUGCCUUUAAACGCUUUGACCGACAAGGGAUUCGCUCGAAGAUAUUGCCCUUCCAUGCUGCCUUGGCUCAAGAACUGAGGCUCUCAAACAUGGAGGAAUUCCUCAAAUCUGAAUCAAAGGAACCAAUGUUUCUCAUCUGUACUGACAGGGCAUCAAGAGGCAUUGACUUUGCAAAUGUGGAUCAUGUGGUGCUGUUUGACUUUCCUCGGGACCCGAGUGAGUAUGUCCGGCGAGUCGGGAGGACAGCUCGAGGGGCCAUGGGAAGGGGUAAGGCAUUUGUGUUUGUGGUUGGGAAGCAGGUUCGUCUGGCUAAGAUGAUCAUUGAGAGGAACCAGAAGGGGCAUCCUUUGCAUGACGUGCCAGAAGCUUAUGAAUUGCAAAGCCGAGUGUUACAGGCUUCAGAACAGUAACAGCUUUUGAAUAUGAGUUGGGUUUUUAUGAUGAAUUUUGAUAUUUGAGUGAGAAUUUGAAAAAUGGAUGAAAAAGUCUGCUAGAUUUGUAAAUAGCAAUGUUUCAGGACCUUUAUAUGUAAACAGUCCCUUUUUUUUA